AACUUCCGGUUUAUUUUUCAACAAAAUAAAAAUCGCUGUUUUUCACUAAUACAUCAUUUUUAACUUACUGUCGCCAAGAACUUGAAUACGGACUAUUCGUCUGGACAUUUAAGUAUGGCUGAUACUGCUGAAGAACAAAUACAUCAACUGGAAGAUCAGAUCACUGAGCUGCAACAUGAAGUGAAAGCGUUGAGGACACAACUUGAUUCAACAUUGAAGAAGUUCAAGAGAGCAGAAAGAGAAAUAGAGAGGAGCGAAAACUAUAAUGCAGAUCUCCGUAAGACAGUGGAUGACCUCUCUAAACAGUUACAUAAGUUCAAGGUCGCCAAAUCAUCUGCAAGAAACCAUUUCCAGUGCCAGGUCUCAGAGAAAGACUUUCCUCAAGAAAUCCAAGCCACAGAAGAACAUGCAGCAGAUACUGUUGAAGCCACAAGAGAAGCCUAUACUGCUGAACAGCUUGCCAUUGAUGCCAUGAAGGAUGGAGAAAAGGAACAGCAACAAACUGAACCCAUGUCUAUUGCUGAUAGUCUAAAGGCAGCUGCAGAGUCAGUUGUCAAUCAAUCAGGAUUUGUCUAUGAUGACACUACAGGUCUUUACUAUGACUACAACAGCGGUUAUUACUAUGAUUCUGAGAACUCGCUAUACUAUGAUGCUAACUCAGGAACAUACUACUUCUUUGAUCAAGAAUCAAAUUCUUACCAAUUUCACUCGCAAGUUGAUCCGGCCCAGUUCUCACAAAUGCAGAAAUAUGUGCAGCACAGAGAUGAUAGACAUAUUAAAAGAAAACACAAAAACAAGGACAAAACUGACUCAAAGGAUAAUAGACUCAAUGAGGAUGACAAAUCAGAAAUAAAAAUAUCGAAGAAACGGAAAAAACAUCAAAUAAGUAAUGACACCGUUGUAGAGAUAUCUUCCCAGGGGCAAAGUUAUAAACAUGCAAAUUCAAAUACUCACACUAAAGACAAUAAGGAUAUUUGUGAAUCAAAAAACAAUACUGCAAUAACCCAUGAUAAUAAAAGCAAAUCACGGGGACGGGGUAGACAUCAUAAAGAAAACAAAGCAAAUGGAGAUGAGAAUAACUCUGAAAAUGUGAAAGCAAGUGAUAAAAAUGAGAAUGAUGAUGAAAAUGUGAAAGCAAAAACAAUGGAAGAAAAUGUGAAAGAUAAUGAAGAAAAUGUGAAAGCUACUGACAAUGUUGGUGAGGACUCUGAGAGUGAUAUGGAAGAGGGGGAACUAUCCAGCAGUGAGUCAGAAAUUGAUGAAUUAAGUGAUGAGUCUGAACCUAAAGAAGAUGAAUCAUGCCCUCUGUUGUACCCACCAUGCAUCAGGAUGAUAGUGCAAGUUUCUGAUACAUUGGACCGAGGUACGCUGUACAUCUUGACAUACAUGGGUGGCACGAUUGGCCGAGAGAAGGACAUGGGGCACACUGUACGCAUACCCGACCUCAAUGUUAGUAAGAUGCAUGCUGAGGUGAAAUAUAUUGAAGACUGGAAGAAAUAUGGAAUCACAGAUCAUGCUAGUCAGAAUGGAACCUUUGUCAACAAUGAAAGAAUAUCCAAGCCAAAAGUUAUGGGAAAGCCAUUUCCAUUGAGUCACAGAGAUGAGUUAAAGAUAGGUGGCAGCACAUUUCUCUUACACAUUCACCCGGGGACAGAAACGUGUGACGAGUGUGAGCCAGGACAGAUUCAGGCUGCUCAGAAAUUGGAACAAACAAAGGAUUUUGUAGUACAAAGCAAGACAGACAGGGAUCUGGAAAGGAAAAAACAACUAAAACUCAUCAAGAAAAAGUUUGGACUUGAGAAAACUGCUUAUGAUGAUUCUAAAGCUAUAAAUAAUCCUGCUUACAAAGAUAAAGCUGGAGAAAGAAGGAAAAAAGUUGGCAGUGAAAAUCCAUUUGAGAAACACGAAGCACCUGCCUCUGUUCACAGGGAGAUCUCAGAGGGUAAUAAAGGUCACAGAAUGUUAAAAAAGAUGGGAUGGGCAUCUGGAGAGGGACUAGGGAAGGCACAAAGAGGUGGAAUCACAGAACCUAUCAAAGUUGUCAUUCGAUCCAAGCAGUCAGCAGGCUUAGGCUCUGGUAUUGGUCAUUCAAUUGACGAUAUAGGAAGUGUACAGAAAUCUAAAAACCUAACGAUAACUCAAGAACGUUUUGAUAAAAUCACAAAAUCAGAAGCUGUAUCUAGUGAUUCUUCCAAUAAUAGCGCAUUUCCAAAAAGACAGACAUUUGUCAAAAGUGAGACCUUGGUGCCAAUGAGUGAACAAGAAAGUCAGCCACCAGAUGAUGGAAAUCAACCAAUAUUUGAUUAGACAUCAGGAUUUCCUUAUAAAUUAUAAGACCCUAUAAGAUCUAUUGCUGAUGAGUAUGAGGACCGAAAGGAAAUUGGAUGUUGCUUACCAUGACGAUAGAAUCCCAUUUUCAAGCAGUACAUAAAAUAUCACAAUAUUUAUAGUGUGUUUUAAAAAUGGUGCAGAACGUUUCAUCCUGAACAGAAGUUUCCCAUCAAUCCAUGAGCAAUUAAACAUAUCAGUCAAAAGUGCAUAAAUACAAAGCUACAAUAUCAAAAGUUAAUUGUCCUCCUUUGCAGGGUUCUUUUUUUACUAAGAUUGAACAUAUUCUUGCCAGGCUGCAGUGGUGGGUCAACAGGCCAUGAUGGUUAAAUCAGCAAACAGUGUAUUACAAAGGCUAAAAAAGCGAUAGCCAUUGACAAUGAGGUGCAAUUAUGAGUUUUAACCCUGCUGCAUUGUGCCUAAACGUCUCAUAAAUAAAUGAACGUUUAGACAUGUUUGGUAUUGCAUUUCAUACACUCUAGUAGAAUUGCACAUAUUUCUUUGCUUAUUUAUAGAUGUCACUUGGAAAUCUUAUGAAGAAUUGAAAGUAGACGGAACUGGGGAGAUAUCUAUUAUCUAUAAAUAAAAUCUGACUCUUCUUUUACUACAUUAAUGUCAUUGGCCAUUAUUUCGUAUAGUCAGUCCCAUAGCUAGCUUUUGUCUAGGGGAUUUAGUUUUUAAAUUUUUCCAAGGUGGUUCAAAUUUGACAAUUUUGGACCACAAUCACUUGAAGUCCUCAAAAUGGUGAAAAAC